CCAGGAUGUUCUUCAGGGAUCGCUAAGGGGGCGUGGCAAGCGCGGAGUGACUGCACUUUCUACCCUAAGGAAAAGUGAAAAACAAAAACGAGCGGAGUCCCGGCGCCGCGGCGCUCCCGUUUUGUUUGGGUCCUGGGCGACGGGGCCCGGGCGCUGAGCCGGGGCUGGAGGCGCAGCCACGCUGACGGGAGGAGGAACGGGAGCGCCGGCCCCGAGAGAGCUCUCAGGGCCAGUCUGGGGCAGGAGGAUGCUUACUCAGCCCCACCAUGGAGCUGCGCUGUGGGGGACUGCUGUUCAGUUCCCGCUUUGACUCAGGGAACUUGGCCCAUGUGGAGAAGGUGGAUUCUGUGGCUAGUGAAGGGGAGGGGGGCGGGAGUGGGGGAUCAGCCCCCACCACCGGCGGAAUAUCCUCCACCUCUGACUACGAAUUCAACGUGUGGACACGGCCUGAUUGUGCUGAAACAGAAUAUGAGAAUGGGAACAGGUCAUGGUUCUACUUCAGUGUCCGGGGAGGAGUUCCAGGAAAACUCAUAAAGAUCAACAUCAUGAACAUGAACAAGCAAAGCAAACUGUACUCCCAGGGCAUGGCACCCUUUGUGCGCACACUACCCACUCGACCUCGUUGGGAACGAAUCCGUGACAGGCCUACCUUUGAGAUGACAGAGACACAAUUUGUGCUGUCCUUUGUGCACCGCUUCGUGGAGGGUCGUGGGGCCACCACCUUCUUCGCCUUCUGCUACCCCUUCUCCUACAGUGACUGCCAGGAUCUGCUGAACCAGCUAGACCAGCGCUUCCUGGAGAACCAUCCUUCCCUUAGCAGUCCUUUAGAUUCCAUCUAUUACCACCGAGAACUCCUUUGCAACUCUCUGGAUGGACUUCGUGUAGAUCUACUGACUGUGAGUUCCUGUCAUGGACUUCGAGAUGAAAGAGAACCCCGUCUGGAGCAACUAUUUCCUGACACCAGCACACCCCGGCCGUUCUGUUUCUCAGGCAAGAGGAUAUUCUUCUUGAGUAGUAGAGUGCACCCUGGGGAGACACCAUCUAGCUUUGUCUUCAAUGGUUUUUUGGACUUUAUCCUUCGACCUGAUGAUCCUCGUGCCCAGACUCUACGUCGUCUUUUUGUUUUUAAGCUGAUUCCCAUGUUGAACCCAGAUGGUGUGGUACGGGGUCAUUAUCGGACAGACUCACGAGGAGUGAACCUGAAUCGUCAGUAUCUAAAGCCAGAUGCAAUCCUGCACCCAGCCAUCUAUGGGGCUAAGGCAGUGCUGCUCUACCACCAUGUGCACUCACGUCUGAAUCCCCAUACUCCCUCUGACCACCAGCCCAAUCCCCAACCCUCAGCCCCGCCUGGUCCUCUUUCUGAACUUGAAAAAACUGACAAUCUCCAUAGUGAGGCAGACCUUGCACUCUCAGCUGAAGGGGACAAUCCUGAGUCCUGGACCCAAACUGAACCAGCAAGCCAGGACCCCAGUAGUUUGUGGUUUUUGGAAUCAGAAUCUGGUGAGGUGGAGCCAGCCCCUGAAACCAUUCCCCCCAAGGAAAGUGGUGUGGCCUACUAUGUGGACUUACAUGGACAUGCCUCUAAAAGGGGAUGUUUCAUGUAUGGAAAUAGCUUCAGUGAUGAGAGUGCCCAGGUGGAAAAUAUGCUGUAUCCAAAGCUUAUCUCCCUGAAUUCAGCACACUUUGACUUCCAAGGCUGCAAUUUCUCAGAGAAGAACAUGUAUGCUCGGGAUCGUCGAGAUGGCCAGUCUAAGGAGGGCAGUGGGCGAGUUGCCAUCUACAAAGCCUCAGGGAUCAUCCACAGCUACACACUUGAAUGCAACUACAACACUGGACGCUCAGUAAACAGUAUCCCUGCUGCCUGCCAUGACAAUGGGCGUGCCAGCCCCCCUCCCCCACCUGCCUUCCGAUCCAGAUACACUGUGGAGCUCUUUGAACAGGUAGGACGGGCUGUGGCCAUUGCAGCCCUGGACAUGGCAGAAUGCAAUCCCUGGCCAAGAAUUGUCCUGUCAGAGCACAGCUGCCUCAACAACUUGAGAGCCUGGAUGCUGAGACAUGUUCGUAACAGCAGAGGUGUAGGUAACAGCCUUAAUGUAGGCAUCAACAAAAGGAGAGGCUCUCGAACCCCACCGAAAGGCCCCAAUGGUUUGCCUAUAUCAUGCUCUGAAAAUACCCUGAGCCGGGCCCGAAGCUUCAGCACUGGUACCAGUGGCAGCAGCCAACAAAACUCUCCACAGAUCAAAGCUUCACCCAGCUUUCCCUUUCAUAGCAGUCGGUCCACAGGGCUACCAGGCCUGGGCCUUGGCACCCAGAAAAGCAGCCAUCGGGUGCUGGGCCCCGUUAGAGAUGCAGGGAGCACAACAGAGGAAAGAGAGGACUGCAGCAACACAGCAGGGAAGCAAAGACAAGGUCAUGGGCAGAGCUGGGUUACUACAGACUGGAAAAUCCGAGCAGAGUCCCGAGGCCAGGACAGGAGACAGCGGCAGCAACCACUGACCAGUCGCCCUACCACAAGCAGCUUGGACUCACCCCCAACUCCUCCUAGUGCUGGCCCAGCCCCUUCAAGAAACAUAGGCACUUGCUUACUGCCUACCUCACUUGGUGUAGCAGGGAGUAGCUGCACAUUCUUGUCUGCAGGGGAUAAACCAGAAACUGUCAUGGUUAUCGGGAAGGGGCUGCUGGGAAGUGGUUCUCGCACCCCCUGCAUCAGGGCUCGACUGCAGCCUCUGCUCUCUUUCUGCCCAGAACUGCCCGAGGAGAGUUUCCACCAGGAGGGGUCCCGGAUUCCCCAGGCUAGGCCCGGGUUGGGCCGGGGCUCAUCGCCGCCUGGCAGAGGGAUGAGAGGCUCUUCGGGCCCCCCAUCCCCCAUCCCCCGGACCAGGGACAGCUCUGAGCCAGAGUCAGAGCCAGGAUCCUGCUCUGUUGUACCGGGGCUGUACCUGGUUGGGCCCCCACGGCCCCAUUCUGCCCCUGCCUCCUCACUUCUGUCCUGUCCCAUCAUUUGCUCCCAGCCCCCAACUUGUUACAGUGGGGGGGCACUAGGACAGCCUGAGGAUUGUUCUUUUAUUAAGCCCCGCCAAUCACUCAGUCUCCCAGCAUAUGAUAUUGCCCCUGACUCCAUGGCAGGACAUCCUUCCAUGAUUUUAGGGCACAGGAAAUGCCCUAAUCAGUUGCUUCUCCCCCUGUAACAACCAUAGCUCCUUAGAGUCAGCCUCAUUGUUCCAGACCUACUUUGGAGCAGGACAAAGGAACAGGGACCUCCCAGCCCCAUCCCUCCCUCCACAGCACAGGAAUUUGGGACCAUAUAUAUAUAUAUAUAUAUAUAUAUAUUUUUUUUUUAAUAUUGGUGGGUUGGAAAGGGAAUCAGCUCCUACACUGAGCCCCAUUCAGUGGCAGAUUUUUGCCUCUGGCUUGUUUCAUAGGAUAGGGAAGACUUUGAGGAAAUAAAAGUUGUUUGGAAAAAACUCAA